CUGAGGCCUGUCUUCUGGCUCCCCAGGUGGACUCGUGAGCGGUCACCAGCUUUCUGGAAGUUGCAGGGGCGCGGAUGCAGCAGCUGUCGCUGACCUACAGUAGCCGCAUCAGCGCCAUCAUUGCUCUUCUCACGGGCGGCUGCUGUCCAGAGCUGCGGCUCCUCGAGGUGAAUGCCGAGAUCAAGCAGAGCACCCAGCACUUCCAGCUCCCCAUCGAGCAGCUCCAGGCAGCCUUUCCACAGCUGCAGGUGCUGCGGUUGCUCAACGUCACCUAUUACCCAAAGCUGCUCCCCAGCUCAGCCCCCCAGUCUCUGGGCUUCCCGCAGCUGGAGGAGCUGUGCCUGGCCACGACUGCUUUCUCUUUUGUGGACAAUAACAUGCUGUGGCGGAUCCUGUGCACUUCGAGCCGGCUCCGGGUCCUUGACUUGCGCGGUUGCUUCCGUGUGACGCCCAAAGGGCUGGAGCAGCUGCCGUGCCCAGAUCUGGAGCAGCUCUACCUCGGCCUGCACUACAGCGCCAGUCACCUGUCCCGGCCUCUGGAAGGCAGUCCGCUCCUCACCUGGAAGUGGAGGCACAGCCUGCGAGAGCUGGACUUGGCCGGCCAGAGCUUCAGCGAGCAGGACCUGGAGCGGGCGAUGGCUGCCUUCACUCAGGGAGGGGACCAGAGAGGGGCCCCGGUGUUGCGCUCCCUCAGUCUCACUGGGACCAAGAUUGCCCUCAGUACUGUCAGCACCCUGAUUGCCAGUUGCCCUGCCCUCAGCUACCUCAACCUCUCAUCUUGUCGCCAUUUGCCCCGGGGCACAAAGAAGGCCUAUCGUGGUCCCGAUGAAGUCCGCCAGUGUUUGCACCAGCUCUUGACUAGCUCGGAGGAGCAAGACAGACCAGAGGGUGCAACGUAGGAGCUGUGUUUCCUGAGCUCUCAGAGCAGUGGCAAGACCACGAGCCACCUUUCCCGAGCUGCAGCUUCCCCAAGUGGGCGGUGCACGUGGCCCAGGAUGGCUGGCCCUUCACUCCUGGUUUAAAAGUGCAGCAAGGAAAUUCAGCCCCCCGCAAAGUGGGGUCUCUCUGCGGCAUCGGGAAGAAAAAUGUUUAAGAAACUUUACUGUCAACUCGCUUUUUUGUAUCUAUUUCCAUUCUCUUUUCUAAUAUUUGUAGAUUCAAAUUCUGCUUGAAUAAAAGGGUUUUUAUUUCCACA